AUCAAAAGAAUCCAUACAACUUCCUGACUCCUCUGCCAAAAGUUCUUCACAGGAUGUCAUUCAAGUUCCCUCUACAAUUCACACUCUUUCCGUGAGUAAAUCCACAACAAUUAUUGGGGUGCCUCAGCGAACUUCAUCAACUGUUGCCAAGGAAGAAGUCAUGUCUUUCCCAGCUCCAUUUUCAUAUAGAGAAACCAUGCAAGUGCCUGAUUUAUAUGACAAGAGAUUGCCAGAGGAACCCAUGCAAACUCCCUCUGCCAACCUUGCUAUGGCAGUGAGCAAAUCCUCACAAGUUCCUACUGUCUCUGACCCAAGUACAUUCACAAGGCUCACAGAAGAAAUUCCAUCAUUCCCAGUUCUAGUUCCAUCCAGAGGAUCCAUGAAAGUACUUGAUUUCUCUGACAAAAGUUUACCUCAGCAAGCCAUGAAAGUUCCCUCCACCAUUCACACUAUUUCACUGAGCAAAUCUACACAAGUCACUGCUUUUUCUCACCCAAGUUCAUCAACCGUUUACCUAGAAGUCUCUCUUUCUCAGGUCCAUUUUCAUUUAGAGAAUCCAUGCAAUUUCCUGAUUUAUCUGAUAUAAGUUUACCAAGAGGAAUCAUACAAAUUCCAUCUACCCAUUAUGCUCUUCCUAUGAACAAAUCUACUCAGGUUCCUUCUUUCUUGGAUACAGAUUUAUCAACCAUAAGUACAAAAGAUAUUUCAUCUUUCCAGUUCCAACAUCAUCAAGAGCUUCUAUGCAAGUUUCUGACAUAAGUGUUCUAAGACAAGCCGUACAAAUUCCCUCUACCUACUCUGCUAUUGCUAUUUGCAAAUCCACACAAAUUCCCACCUUCUCUUCCCAAAGUUCAUCCAUAACAUUCAUAGAAGAUGCUCCAUCAGUUUCACCAAGAGAAUCCCUACAACUUCCUGAUUUUGCUGACACAAGUUCACCAACAGAAGAUGAACAAGUUCCCUGUGCCUCUGGUACCAUUUCUAUAAGAACAUCCACACAAGUCCCUUCUUUCUUUAGCACAAGUUCAUCAAGCAUAAACAUAGGAGAUGUUCCAUCAUUCGUAGUUCCAGGUUCAUCAAAGGAGUCCAAACAAGCUCCUGACUCCUCUGACAUAAUUUUUAAAAAACUUAAACAAGUUCCCUUGGCCUCUAAUACUAUUUCAAUGAGCAAAUCUCCACAAGUUUCUUCUUCCUUGGUACUAUAUACAUCAAACAAAUCUAUCCAAUUUCCCUCUUUCUCAGGUCUCAUUUCUUUGAGCCAGUCUGUGCAAGUUCCUUCUACCUCUAGCACAAGUUCAGCAAGUGAGUCUAUGAGAGUAACCUCUCUGUCAGAGCCAUAUUUGGCAGAAUUGUCCAAGGAAUUUCCCGCUUUAUGUAGGGAAAUUUCAUGGAGCAAACAUGGGCAAAUUCCUUCUUUCUCUGGCACAGUUACAUCAAGGGAACACACAGGAGGUUUCUCUAUUUCAGACCAACAUUCAAUACAAGAAUCAGUGGAUUCACUCGUCUCAGGCUCAACUUUGACAAAAGAAUCUAUGGAUAUUUCCUUAUUAACACUGCACACAGAGAGAGACUCCAUUCAAGAUCAUUCUGUCUCUUAUUCAAGGUCAGUAGGAGAAAAAGAUCCUGUUAUCUACAGUCAAAGUUCAGCAAGAGAAGCUAUGGAAGUUUAUACUUUCUCUGCCCCUACUGCCCCAAGUAAUUCUUUGCAAGUUCCUUCUUUUUCUGGCACAAAUUUUCAAAUUCUUUGUUCUAUGGCCAAAAUUUAGAGAGCAAGUCCUUCUCAAGG